AUGCCCAACAAUCCGCCUGAGCGGCCCAAGAAGCUACAGCGAAUAUCCCAAGCUUGCGAUCUGUGUCACAGGCGAAGCAUUCGGUGCCGGCCAAGCUCUGAAAAUCCUCAGCAUCAAUGCCAGAACUGCUAUGACUUCGCCGUCGACUGCACCUACAACCGUCCUUCCAGGCGAAGACGGAACCAAUCCGUUCCACAGAUAUCGCCUCCUAAUCUUCUUCCGUCGCAGCAACAAGGAAUAUCUGUAAGCAUUUGGCCAGUUAGAUUACGUUCACACUAGACAUGCUGAUCAGCAUAGCCAUCAUCACCUGCUGUCAAGGUCGAAGGCCAGUUCAAUGACCAGAAUGAAACUGCUUUCGCAGGGCUUGGAUUCACUGACCGAACCGGUGCGUACGUCGCUGUACGUGAGGGUCGGCCAGAAGAUCAUCUUGGGAUAGCAUGGCGCUCAUUUGCAUCUGCGAGUCUCUCGCCGAUUGAGCGCUGUCUGGAGGUGUACAUGGAAAUACUCUACCCAAUGUUCCCAUUCUUUCACGAGCCAACGUUAUGGAGCAGGAUACGGAGGAAGGAUCACCUCACCGACCGUGGGUUCUUUGCUUCGAUCAUGGCGGCGUGUGCUCUCGCGAGCGCAAGAGCACGGGAUGGAGCUAUCAGUACGAGACGCGGCCUUGACGAAAGUAUCGAACAAGCAUCGGAGACGUUCUUUUCUGCAGCUCAGGACGUGAUUUACAAGGAUCUCGGCAAGACAAUGGGACUGGGAUACGUGCGAGCUUGCGCGUUGCUGGCUCUGACAAGCAUUCAAUAUGGCCAGAAACAGUCGAUGCACCAGUUCAUGGGGCAUUACCAUACCUUGAGUGCGAUGCAACACCUCCACGAUGAGGAUCAGUGGCCGGCAGAGAUACCCGUAGAAGAGAGGGAAGAGCGUCGUCGGCUGUUUUGGGCCAUGUACUCGUGGGACAUUUAUACCUCUGUUGUCUUUGACAGCGUAAUGAGGCUCGGGGAGACACACUGCAAUGUUCGCUACCCCAUCGAGGUCAACGAUGAAGAGCUCUCGCCUAAUGUCGCGUCUCCUCCCAACAACGAACUGAAUUGGCUGCGAGGCUGGAACUUCACCGUUGACCUUUACCGGAUUCUGGAACAUGCAACUCGACGAUUGCGAAGAAAGAAGUUGGGACAACGGGAAGAUCGUGUGUCGGUGGUACAUCUUAUGGUCGGCGACGGUAUCUCGGACGAGCGGCUCAUGGAGAAUGUCUUGGACCUUUACAAUCAGUUGCCUCGUCGAUUCAAGGAAUACCAGGUCCCCGCGACAGGUGACAAGAGCCAGGACUUGUACGGCUUUCAAGCAGCGAACAUCCAAGCCACGCUGCUGCUGGUCCGAAUCACGCUCUUCGAUGCGAAUAGCCACGAACGCAGUCUUCACCAGAAAUGUGAUGUCGCGCGGGAAGUCCUCCAUGCUUUUGAGCAGAUCGACCCGACCUACCUUCGAGCGCUGUCAACUCCACUGGUUCACCACAUUGGCGGCAUCGGUAAAAUCCUGGGAUCCGUGAUGCAAGGUACACUCACUGAGGACUCCUACCAGCGCGUGCGCGGAUUAGUCCACCAAAUGGCCGAUCUCCUCGGCGGUCUUGAAUCCGGUCUCCAUCCCACCACCAACGUUAGCAGAGACCUACGACAGCAAAUCGACAAGAUUGAUCUCUUCAUGAGUGGGCAGCGACAGAUACUGGCUUCAUUUCCGCAACAGCAACAACAGCCGCAGCAGCUGGCGCCUAACGGAAUCGAUCAUGGCUUUUCGAAUGGGACAGCACUGUUGCAUCAUACGAAUGCGUUGGGCAUGUCUACUCCCCUGGAUGAGUUCCAGCUUCCGGCUGAUGUUGUGGACGGGUGGCCUUUUCCGAUGGAUUUUGGUGCCGUUCCGGAGGGGCAGUAUCAGAUGCCUAAUGGGUUCAGUGAUGAUAGACAGGGGCAUCAUCAUCGGUAA